UUUGGGGGUGGGAUUUAGCUGCCGUCCAUCUUUAGAGUACAGUCAGAUUGGCGAAAAGAAAACAAAAAAUUGGAAGUAAAGAAGACUUUGGGGAAUUUGUUCUGAUUGUAUUUGAAAAAGACAAACGAAAAGCCCUAACCCUAGACGGAAUGAGGACAUCGUCGUAGUUAAAGCCAUGGCUGACAAGAGAAAACUUCAAGGUGAAAUCGACAGAUGUUUGAAAAAGGUAGCAGAAGGUGUAGAACAAUUUGAGGAUAUUUGGCAAAAGCUCCACAAUGCAGCCAAUGCAAAUCAGAAGGAAAAAUACGAGGCAGACCUAAAAAAAGAAAUAAAAAAAUUACAACGAUUGAGGGAUCAGAUUAAGACAUGGGUGGCCUCAAACGAGAUCAAAGACAAAAGACAACUAGUGGAGAAUCGCAAACUCAUUGAAACGCAAAUGGAGCGAUUUAAGGUGGUGGAAAGGGAGACGAAAACAAAAGCCUACUCGAAAGAAGGCCUGGGGCUGGCUCAGAAGGUGGACCCUGCCCAGAGGGAGAAGGAGGAGACAGGAACAUGGCUCACGAACACGAUAGACACUCUAAACAUGCAGGUGGACCAGUUUGAGAGUGAGGUGGAGAGCCUGUCGGUACAAACAAGAAAAAAGAAAGGAGACAAAGAGAAACAGGAUCGCAUUGAGGAGCUCAAGCGCUUGAUCGAAAGGCACAGGUACCACAUCCGCAUGCUGGAGACCAUCCUACGCAUGCUGGACAACGACUCUGUCCAGGUGGACUCCAUCCAGAAGAUCAAGGACGACGUGGAGUACUACAUCGACUCUUCCCAAGACCCGGACUUUGAGGAGAACGAAUUCCUGUACGAUGACCUGGACCUGGAUGAUAUACCUCUAGUGGCCACGUCUCCGUCGGGCCAGGGCACCAUAGAGGACGAGAUGUUCCUCCACUCCGGCAGCACUCCCACCUCCACCACCUCCUCCUCCCCCAUCCCUCCCUCUCCAGCCACCUGCACAGCCGAGAACUCGGAGGACGAUAAAAAGCGGGGGAGGUCGACAGACAGCGAAGUCUGUCAGUCUCCUGUGAAGAACGGCACCCCCUCCUUGUUAUCAUCCUUCUCCUCGUCGGGCACCUCCGGUUCCUCCUCUUCCUCCUCUUCUCUGGUGUCCAUGGCUACUGUUGUCGGGGGGAUUCCCGUGGUUUCCAUGGGCAACAGUCUAAUAGGGAGCUUCAGCAGCGCUGUGCAACAACAUCAGCACCAACCUCCACCGCAACUUCCGCCCCAACAGCCAAGCCAACCACAACUACCACCGCCACCUCAAACGAAACCCUCUCUCCCCCCCAACACCACCCCCAGCCCCCCCAGCCACCCUCUGCUCUCCGCCUCCACUGCCCCCUCUCUUCCCACACCCAGCAUACCAAUUUCAGCCGCUCCAAACCCCCAAUUGCUGGCCUCCUCUGGGCCUAGCCCCGCCUCCAGCCUGGGGCUAGGGUUGGGACUGGGUCUGAGUAAAGGUGGCAUGACGGGGACCAGCAGCGCCAACCAAAUGUCUGGUCUGGGCCUGAGCGGCAUGUCUCCCCUCAGCACGAUGGCAGGGCUCCUGUCUGGCUCCACGCCCACCCCCUACGCCCAGGCUGCUGUGGGAGGCCUGGGUCUGAGCAGCAGCCAGUCCAGCGUGUCCGUGGAGAGCAGCAUCUCCGGCUCCAGUGGAGUCACCACCAACGGGGCUGGUGCCGGGCUCGGGCUCCUGGGCUCCAGCCCCGCCCACAGCACUCUGACCGGGGGCAUCCUGGGGCUGGUGUCUGGGCAGAAUGUUGCCCCUGGGCCCCCUCAGAUGCCCCCCAGCCCUGUCAGUGUGGUGCCAGGAGGGGUGGUGGGCAUGAUGGGAGGUAACGGAGGAAGUGUCGGGGCAAUCGGGGGAGGAGUCGGGACGAACGCAGCCCCCGCCAGACCACCCAGUGGCCUGAAGCAGAACGGAAGCACAAGUUACAGUGCUGUAGUGGCGGAAAACACAGCAGAAUCGGGCCUAAGCACGCCCAGCCAAUCACAGAGCAGCCAGCCCUCAUCCCUAACCUCCUCUGCCAGUCAGCCAAUGGACAACGGCCCCAGCCUGAUCAGUUCCAUCACCCUGCCCCCCAGCUCCCCGUCCCCCUCGUUUUCAGACGGCAACCCUGGAGGAUCCAGCCUGCUCAACGGGCCCCACUCCUACACGCAGGCGUCUGAAGGUCUCAAGCUUCCCACAGACCUCCGUCAGAUACUGAUGGAGUCCAGGGGGACGGUGCAGGCCGCUGAGCUGCCAGGGACCAUGGGUACAGCCACUAACACACGAAAGAGAAAGCAGUGUCAGGCUCCGGAGCCUCUGAGCUCUCUGAAAGCCAUGGCCGAGAGAGCUGCCCUGGGGUCGGGUCUGGACGGAGAGAUCCCCAACCUGCACCUGACGGAAAGAGACAUCUUCUCUGGCUCGUCGGCUGCGCCCGGCACUCCUGCGGCCAGCCAGCCGUCGCUGUCGGAGGUGAGCAUCCCCCCCUCCCUGGGGGUGUGUCCUCUGGGGCCCACACCUCUCUCCAAAGACCAGGUGUACCAGCAGGCCAUGCAGGAGUCAGCCUGGACACACAUGCCGCACCCCUCCGACUCUGAGAGGAUCAGACAAUACCUGAUGAGGAACCCUUGUCCCACACUGCCCUUCCACCAUCAGAUGCCCCCCCACCACUCUGACUCCAUAGAGUUCUACCAGAGACUGUCAACAGAAACUCUGUUCUUCAUCUUCUACUACCUGGAGGGCACCAAGGCUCAGUAUCUGUCUGCCAAGGCUUUGAAGAAGCAGUCGUGGAGAUUCCACACCAAGUACAUGAUGUGGUUUCAGAGACACGAGGAACCCAAGACCAUCACAGACGAGUUUGAGCAGGGCACUUACAUCUACUUUGACUAUGAGAAAUGGGGCCAGAGAAAGAAAGAGGGGUUUACCUUUGAGUACAGGUACCUGGAAGAUCGAGACCUGCAGUGACGGACGGACAGAGAGAGAGAAAGACGUGCUGCUGUUGACAUUCCGAGACUGAACUCCAAACUGUGGAUAGAGAUUGUGAUGUGUAGUAGAAUCCUUCUCCUGACGUGGAGACAGGAGUGUAUAGGCUGCAUCUGAAAGGAUACCACCUUCCCCCAUAUAGCACCCUACUUAUGACCACAACCAACAGGGGUCUAAUCACAAGUAGUCCACUACAUGGGGAAAUAGGGUGUCAUUCAAGAUAUGCGUUUGUGCCUGUCUGUGUGCGCACUCAGUAUAUGGCAUUAGGAAAAACCUACCCCAUGCAUGUUCCUCAUGUUAUGUUUCGUUUUAUUUUUCCGUUUCAACGAGAAUCUCCUGUACCACCUACCCAACUGGAAGUCAUUGACUAAAACACAAACAUUGGAUUCGGUUAAAGAAAUUGCCCAUCUUGGAUUUUACCUGUUAUUUGGGGUUUACAAUAGGGAAGUACAGUGGACAAUUAGACAUGGUGUGUAGGAGUGUCUUCUUAUAAGACACUAUGAUGCCUGUUGAACAUGGUCACUGUUAGACAUAGUGAUCGAUUAUCAAUAGUUUUAUUGAUAUUGUCUUGGUCGUUUAAACACUGAGAAUGACCAUAGGGCGUCUCCUUGUGACUGGGAAAGACGGUCCUUAUUGGACAUGGAUUAAAUUGCUAUGCAAUUGAA